GAUAUUCACCUGGAUCAGACGAUGAAGAUCAUCCAGCUUCAGAUCUAUCUGUUGAUGUGGUCUCAAGUCACAGAGAGUCUAACAAACACAGCAGUAACUUUAGGAGCUGAUGUGAUUAUAAACUGUGAUCUUGAUAUAGAGGAGAUUUACUGGUACAAACAGAAAUCACCGGAUCCUCCAGAGUCGAUCUUACGCACUUACAGUAGCACAUAUGAAGCAGCUAAAUAUGAAAACAGCAUCUUCACACACAAAUACUCGGUGAAAACUAACAGUCGUCUGUUCAUCAGAAAUAUCACUGCUGAUGAUUUAGGAGUUUAUUAUUGUGUGAAAACUAGUGAACCACAUAAAUUCAGCAACGGCACCAGAAUCUACAUCACUGACUCAGUCCACGAGAAUCAGACAGAAUCACAACAGGAGACACCAUGGAGAAACCUGACCAUCAUCACAUCUGUCCUGCUGAAUGUGCUUCUGAUCUUUGCAUUAAUAGGUUUGGUGAAGAGCUACACUGAUGUUCCUGGAACAUCUAAAAAUUACACUGCAGCUAAAAACCCAAAUAAUCCAAAGUGUGCUGAAAUUGAUUUUUUCAUGUAUCCUGGUAACACCAUGCAUUGCCGAGAGCAGAGCACUGUUGUCCUUUACAGCCAGUGAAAUUUGCUGUUGUUCUACAGUUUUAUGUUUUAUUAUUUGUCAUACAACAGGAAAUCAAGGACACAAACAUCAAUAAAAGCUCUCAAGAGGUUUUUUUUUUGGCUUGCAUAAAAAUAUUUUUAUACAUAUUGAAACAUCUAACAUCUGCACAGCUCAUGUUUGUGGUUUACACACAGCAUGGUUUCAUGCAAAUAAAAUGUUCCACUGGUUUGGUCACUUGAUGAACAACACCUUACACACUUGCAUGCAGCCGGUGGUUUUAAACUAUAACCAAGUGAACAUGACCACCAUACACUAUGAAUAAAUGUACACCUAGACCUAUUUUACUACUGAGUUUCACACAUUUUAUUCUGUUCAUCUUAUUCAUUUCCAUAAAACAGAAUAACACUGAGCACAAAGAACAAAACCUACAAUAAACAGAUAUUUAUAAUACAGAGGAAACACUUUAUUUUAAGGAUCAAUUCUCACUAUUAACUAGCAUGCAUUUUACUAACAUAUUGGCUGUUUAUACUUAUAAAGCACAUAUUAAUGCCUUUUGCUGCAGGACCAUAUUUUAGA